AUGUCUGAGUGGCAGCCAAGUAUUGAUCAAAGCCGGCAGCCUACACCACCAACGUUGUAUCCGGAAUACACAAAGCCGGGUGGCGUCGAAUACAUCUAUCGCGAACUCGAAUUCUGGACAUCGGGCUUCUUUCCGGGCUCUCUGCACGUGCUUCUUGAGAGGCAGAGGAGAUUCGGCCAUGUUAUUGCACAGCAGCAGGCGUCUGGGAAGUCUAGUAUAGCAGCACCACAUGUCUUACAGCUUGAAUUUGCGUGCCGGUGGUGGACAGCAAAUUUACACUGUAAUUCGCAACUACAAGGGACACACGAUCUUGGCUUUAUGAUAGCACCUUGGGCACGACGCCAGUGGGAGCUUCUCCACGAUACCCAGUCGUACGUGACCAUGAUCAACGCGGCCAAGACACUGGCUGGGCGCUUCAACCCCAUUAUUGGAGCUAUAAGAUCCUGGGACACGUGUGAGACCAAGGUGUAUUCGUUCAAAGAUUUGAGCACUGAUUUUCUGGUCAUUAUCGACAAUAUGAUGAAUCUUGAUAUCGUCUUCUGGGCUGCAGCUCAAACCAACGAUAGUGCAAUGUUUAACAUUGCUCUGUCCCACGCGAAGUUAAGCCAGCGUGAGCUUAUUCGACCAGAUUCAACAACUACUCAUUUGGUCAAUUUUGACCCCGCGACUGGCACAGUCAAGCAGCGGCUAACAAACCAGGGAAUGGGACAUGAGUCCUGUUGGACACGAGGUCAAGCCUGGGCCAUCGCAGGCUUUGCCCAGACCUACAGCUGGACGGGUGACGUUUCAUUCCUCAAGACAUCGAGAGACUGCGCUGAUUACUUUCUGGAGAAUCUUCCGACGACUCUGAUUCCUCCAUGGGAUUUUGAUGCGCCAAAGGACGGCAGACAGCCCACGGAUACGAGCGCCGCAGUCAUCGCGGCGUAUGGGAUGCUGCUGAUUCACGAAUCAAUGAUCGCUCGCGGAGAUAGCUCCGAGUAUCUUGCCGCGGCGCUCCGGAUUCUGAACGCAGUAUGCGAACAUCAUUUGAAUCCACCUGCGAGGUUUGUAGUGCCGCGCCUGGAAGUGGAAACAGUCGAGCAUGGCGUGACUCUCGAACACGGAGCUGUGACUGUUGAUCUUGGAGAGGGCGAGACCAUAUUGAACGGGGCUACGAUUAACAAUUUCGAAUUUGCGCCACGCAGAUGGGCAAAUCAUGGGCUCGUCUAUGCGGAUUACUUCUUUCUUCUAUGUGGAAACAAGCUUUUAGAGAUGGGGAUCGGGCAGCUCAUCUUGAGGACUGAGUAG